GGCAGUAAAGUUCUUUUGAGCUGAGUGUGUCUGUGUGUGUGUGUGUGUGUGUAUUGAGCAGCAGUAGUUUGAUGUAAUGGACGGGCUGGGCGAGUCAGUCCGCCUACACGGGGUUUGUGUUGAUGUUCAGGCGGUGCUACAGCGCUGACAGUCCGCGACAAGAGCAACACUAGAGAUCAGCAUUCCCAACAACACCCAUCCACCAUAAAGAGAGGGAGAGAAAGAGGACAGACGGUGUUUUGGGCGAUUUGACUGUAAGGGAGUGGAUCUGGACUGAAUCAUGGCCACUUCUACGUCUUGCACAGGCUCCACGCUGCUGCAGCCAAUUAGUAAGAUUAUUGAUCUGCCACUGGACCAGGUGAACUUUGUGGUAUGCCAGCUCUUCGCCCUGGUCACGGCCUUCUGGUUCAGACUCUACCUGCACCCUAGCAAGACGAGUCCCUUCAUCCGGCAUGUAGUCGCCACCCUCCUGGGCUUCUACUUGGCCCUCUUCUGCUUUGGCUGGUAUGCCUUACACUUUCUGGUACAGAGCGGUCUUGCUUAUGGCGUUAUGAUCUUCACAAGUGUAGAACACAUGCACAAAUACUGCUUUGUGGUUACGCUGGGAUAUCUCUGUUUCUGCCAGGUCACAAGAGCCUAUGUGUUUGACUACGGCAUGUACUCAGCAGAUUUCACUGGGCCCAUGAUGGUCAUCACACAGAAGAUCACAAGUUUGGCAUUUGAGAUUCAUGACGGUUUGAUGAAGAGGGAGGAGCAUCUAAAGCCCAGUCAGAAGUAUCUUGCAGUCAGGAAGAUGCCCAGUCUGCUGGAGUAUCUGAGUUAUAACUGUAACUUUAUGGGGAUCUUGGCCGGCCCGACCUGUUCCUAUAAUGAUUACAUAGCCUUUAUAAAAGGCCGAGGGUACGAGCCCAAGCACCUGGAGUCAAAUGGCAAGGAGGACAGGAAAUUCAAGCAGAGUGACCCUUCACCUAAGAGGGAUGUGAUCCAGAAAGUUUGCACGUGUGCUCUGUCACUAAUGGUUUAUUUGGUGAUCUACACCAUCUGCCCUACGGUGCGUGUCAUCGACGACACCUUCAUGGCCUCUAACCCUUUCUACAUCCAGGUCUUGUACCUCUACAUCUCCAUAUUAUUGAAGAAUAAUCUAAUUCCUAACACAUUAUAUAAUUCUAAAUACCAUUACAUAUUUGUCACAGCCGAUGCCAUCAACAAUGCGGCUGGUUUUGGGUUUAAUGGCUAUAACGCAGAUGGCACCCCAAAAUGGGACAGAAUAUCAAACUUAAGAAUACUUAAUAUUGAGUUUGCCACCAGCUUCAAGAUGUUCUUGGAUAACUGGAACAUACAGACGGCACUUUGGUUGAAAAGAGUGUGUUAUGAGCGCUGCCCGUACAAUCCGACUGCGGCCACAUUCCUCCUCUCAGCCAUCUGGCACGGAGUUUACCCAGGGUAUUACCUGACCUUCAUCACAGGCAUUGUUGUAACAAUGGCAGCACGGGCAGUAAGACACAAUGUGCGGCAACAUUUCCUGGGCUCAGCCACGCUCAAGCUCAUCUAUGAUGUGAUCACAUGGUUCAGCACGCAGAUGGCCAUUUGUUACACUGUUGUGCCAUUUGUACUGCUGGCAGUGGGGCCUUCACUGAAGUUUUAUAGCUCGUGGUACUGCUGCAUUCACCUGAUCUGCGUGUUGCUGGUGCUGGUUCUUCCUGUGAAGUCCAGACGCACGAAACAACAGGAACAGCCAAGCAGCGUUCAGGCCAACGAACAGAACUGUCUCUCCUCUCCUCACAACAACUGCAACCAGAAGCAGAAAGCCACAUGAGGGCAGGAAGGGCUGCUCGACAGAGGAACUCUGAUAUCAGUACUGAGAGACAAAGAGUGGCCAUUUCCUCCCUCAGAUCCAACGACACUGACAGUGACAUUAACAAGGCAUAAACUCCAGCAACAAUACAGCGAAAAGACACGGUUAACCCCAUAGUUGCCCUGUUGGAGAUGGGUUUUAAACAGGAAAUCUUCAUAGGAUCAAAUGAAAUUGGGGUGAUUGAUUAUUAAAAUGGUGAAUAAUUGACAAAUGUCAGUUAAUCUGAAGUUGCCUUAAACCCUCCAUAUAUUUAGGGCCUGAAGCCUCAUAUGGGGAUCGUGUUACAUAGGAACGGACCAGUCAUUGUUGGCUUAUAGAUUCACUACAUUAGUGCGGGAAGUCUAGCACUGGAAUCUGCUUCCACGGUACCUAGAAGGUUUCUGCCAUUGUCAGUUAAACAAAGUAACCUCUCUUUUAGUUCUUCUCAAAGGAAAUGUGUGCGGUAAAUGAAAAGAAACAAGUCCAGUUGCGUGUCGCCAAACUCAUAGGCCUUAGGUUCCUGUCUCCUGCCAUUGCUUCAUCUUUAUUCUUUUUGAAUUUCUGUGCUUUUCUAGUAGGUUCAUAUCUGCUGCUUUCUUUGGGUGUGUCUUCAUUUGGAAAAUUGUUUUUGCUAUAAUUUUUUCAGUGAUUUUUGUUUAUUUUUAAUUAAGGGCUUUUGGUUGGAUUAAGGGUUGUAUUGAUGCUAUUUUUAAUGGGUUGUAGGUUUCCUCAGGGCACACAUGUUUCAGACAAUUUUAGAUGUCUCUCUACCAUCUAUGUUUCUCCCACAACAUACAGCCCAUCUGGAGAAAACAGAAGACAGUUCAAUAAUACCCAGUAUCACAGCUUGUUUGGGUUUUAAUUACAGCUGUAAAUGGUAAGUGCAAUAUCUGUAUUGUUUCCAUAGGUGCAUGUUAAAUGAAAGGAUCACAUUAGUUUUGCAAACAGUGCUAAUGCUCUCAUCACAUCAACAAUAGUCAGAAUUGUGUAGAGGUUCAGUAUUCAAGUACACUACCAGCUAAAAGUUUGGACAAAUCAGAUUUGUUCCUCUUGAUCUUAAAAACCUGUUGAACUACAGGCGAAUGCUUGAAAUGAGUAAAUAUGAAUAUAAAUUGUGCCAACAUAGUAAUUCCUUAAAACUAAAAUAUUUAGUUUUAAUAGUAUUUUUAUUUUAUUUUGUGUCUCACAUAGUGAGGGAAAAACAGCCAACAGCAGUGCUCGGCGUGCUUGGGAACUACAUCAUUCCCAUAUUUCCAUUUGUUAUUUUAAAGUUUUGAUGACUGUAUUAUUCUAAACUGUGGAAAACGGUAAUAAUAAAGCAUGAAGUCUUGACUCUUUACUGGUAGUGUACUGUACAUGCAGUACUCGGAUGCAUGCAGUUUCAAAUUUUAUUUAAUAUAUAUAUAUUUUUCUAUGAAUACAUCAAAACUCUUAGGCCCUAAAGAAACCUGCAAGUUGUGUUCCUAUAAGAUUUUUUCUUGAACUUUGAUCCUCUAAAAGGCCUCAUUUGAUUCAAUGAUCUGGAAAAUCAGACCUCAUCAUAUUCCCCCAGAAUCUACUUUUUGAUAUUUGUAAUUAUGUUGAUGCAAUUAUUUUCUUCCAAACAUUUUACCCCUUGGUCAAAGUGACUAUAGAUGUUAGUUUUUCAUUUGGUAAUGAAGGGCUGAAGGCACUAAAGCAUUUAUCAAAGUGAGUCUCACUGGAUUCUUGUUAACCAAGCAUUUUCAAUAACGAAAAAGUUAUUCUUGGACGUGAAGUAGACCAGCCUCCAUUUGGAGAAAACGCUCCGAACCAGCCCGCUGGGAUUUCGUAAGCACACUUCUCUAAAGUCUUAUUGUAUUUGGACUCCAGAAAUGUAAAACCAUGAUGAAUUACAGCCCUGUACCAACAGCAAAACCAAUAGGAGGAUUAAUAAGUCUGCACUUCUGUUGGUAACAGUCUAGAUAUAUACCAUAUAAUUUGUAUUUUUGCCUCUUUGUCUUAAAGGUUUAGCUUAAGGAAUUAACUGUUUUAACGGCCCAAAGGCAAUAUGUCCCUCAGUAACCAGUGUACUAACUAGCACCUUGAUGCAAAACAAAAUGUCCAAAGUGCCAAAUCACAUGAGGUGCACAAAAGAUCACUUUAUUUGUACAGGUUUACAACAGGGUGAGAGGUUUGUACUUUAAAAUAAAACAAAAAACAGUGAUUUAUUUGGUCUUAAACUGACAUUAUUUUUACCUACUGAUAUGUUGGGAGGAAUCACUCCCUCCAUAUUUGCACUUUUGGUAGGAAUGAGUCGGGGUAGUGCUAUCGUAGAAAAACUGCCGAAGCAAUGCAAGAAACCUCAGUGCUACUCAACAGUUAGAGUAUGUGCUUAACAGAAGUUAAACGGAUGAAUUUGCCCAAAAUGUUAAAUUCUUUGUAGUAACAAAGGAGAAUCAGGAUGGUGUUCCAGUGCCAUAGAAAGACGUUAAAUGUUUGUUCAUUGAUGUUUAUGUGUAAACAUUGUCCCUUUGUUCAGAUAUUGUUCAGUUAAAUACAGCCUAACAUCUUUUUAUUAAUUCUCAAGUAAUAGUGAAGGCACAUAACAGCCUUAUUUAUCUGUAAAAUGUCGGUUCAGUCAUUCAUUUAUUUUCAUACCGUUUCCAACUACUGAUUCUACAAAGAAUGACCUAAAGCUGUGUGAAACGGUGUUGCACUAUAAAAACGUUACAGUAGUCAUUUGUUGUCCACCAUCCACCUCAGUUCUGUUGUUUGUCAUUGUCUUGCUGGUCUUUAAUGGCCAUUCAAAAUAAGUGAUUGUGGCCCUUAGUAAACAAGCAAACCCCCUUAACUGGUUGCUAAAGCUUUCCAGAUACUGCACAUAAUUGUUUAACUUUUCCAUUGUAAUUCCUACUGACUGGUUGUGAUGUUGCAUAACCUGGCAGUGUACAGCAAACCUAAAGAUGUUAAUGAAAUGUAAUAUGUCUAUGACGAGAUACAGGAAAAGUAAUACCUAAUAUGUUAGCUACUUCAAUAUAAAUACAUUUACCAAUAUCCAUUAUAAAACACAAGGUUGUCUGUGUAAAUGCACUUGGAUUGAGAACUGUCCAGAGGAGAACAAACACUGUCUCCUCUAUUUAUUUCCUGUAAUAAUCAUAAAUUGAGAUAUAUUAUCCAGCAUUUGAAAUGUUUAACGAACUGAGUGCUCUGAAGUGAUUUUUCCCUUUGAAUAAAGGAUUUGAUAUUAAAGGGAUAGUUCACCCAAAAAUGAAAAUUAC